CAUGGAGGUUUGGUGUGGGGCUGGGUAGAUGUCAGUGAGCGGACAGUGCCUAGUGGGGCCAUUUAUAUUCAGCCUGAGUGGAGAAGCGGGCAGACCUCUGGGUGGAUUUUCUGAUCAGUGUGGACAGGACUAUAGGAGAAGGGGAGCAGAGAGGAGCCAUGCAGUACCAGCACUCCAGCUCCUCUGCCAUGGGGCUCAGUGUGCCCUUCUAUGCACCCACCCCUCUGCAGGCAGUGCACCCCACACCCUUCUACAUCGAUGACAUCCUUGGGAGGAAUGCAGCUUCUAAUGGGACAUCUGCCAUGACAGCGCCCACCAUGCCAUCUCCUAAUUCAUCCUUCACCAGCCUGGUGGCCACCUACAGGACUCCCAUCUACGAACCUACCCCCAUCCACCCUGCCUUCACCCACCAUGCAGCCCUGGCCGCUUCCUAUGGCAGCAGCACCUUCCAGAGCCCCCUCUACCCUUUCCACAGACCCAUGGGGGAGUAUGCCCAUGCCCUCAUCAGACAUGACUCUCUGGGUAAACCUCUUUUGUGGAGCCCCUUCAUCCAGAGACCCCUACACAAGAGAAAAGGUGGUCAGGUCCGGUUUUCUAAUGACCAAACCAUUGAGCUGGAGAAAAAGUUUGAGUCUCAGAAAUACUUGUCACCACCAGAGAGGAAGAGGUUGGCCAAGAUGCUGCAGCUCAGUGAGAGACAGGUGAAGACCUGGUUCCAGAACCGCAGAGCCAAAUGGAGGCGGCUUAAACAGGAGAACCCUCAGGGAAAUAAGAAAGAAGAAACCGAAAGUCUAGAAAAUGACUGCGAGGAGGGCCAAGAGAACUGUUUGAGCAUUGAGCAGAAAAUUAAGGACUCUUCUUUAGAUGGUUCCCAGUGCUCUCCCUCCCCUAAUUCCCAGGAGAACCUGGACACAGACAUAUCGGAGGAUUCUGAUCAAGAAGUCGACAUCGAAGGAGACAAAGGCUAUUACAAGUGUACCCACUGAUAUCUUUCUCACCAAGGACCUUUAAACUCAGCUUGCACUUUAACAGGAGCUGGAUUCUUCACCCCCUAAUCUUACUGUGGGGUAAGGACGAGGGUAGAGUUUGAUGUACCAUACAAUGCCUUAGCUGCCAUAUAAAUAGUGGAGGUAAGGGUCAAAUGUCUAUGUCGUACUGUACAUUAAACUAAAGGGUUUAAUCGUUAGACAAGGCAUGUUUUAAUAAUAUACAAGUGCCUAUACAUUUUGACAAAAGUAGACUUGAAGACUUUCCACUGGAUUUGAUAAACUUUUCUAAAGUUUUAAAUCAGCCUUAAUAGACUGCUAUCACUUGGCAAAAGUCAACUGUAGCGGAUGCAUAUGAAGUAGUGGGGUUGAUUUACGAAAACUGGAGAGUGCAAAAUCUGGUGCAGCUGUGCAUGGUAGCCA